CCGCCGAGGCGCUUGUGGCCCGGAUGUCCGGGCGCAGCGGGCCGGUUCGGGUGAUCCCGGAGCUUCUCCGGGGAAACUCACCAGCGGCCAAUGGAUGUUACUGUACUGGCAUUUGUUUUUAAAAAGCUGUCGAUAUUCAACCAGCAUGCCUUGGACUUUACUGUGGGAAGACCCUACUAUUUAAAAAUGGCUCAACUGAACUCUAUGGAGAAUGUGGGGUGUGUCCAAGAGGACAGAGAACAAAUGCACAGAAAUAUUGUCAGCCUUGCACAGAGUCUCCAGAACUCUAUGAUUGGCUCUAUCUUGGAUUCAUGGCUAUGCUUCCUCUUGUUUUGCAUUGGUUCUUCAUCGAAUGGUACUCAGGGAAAAAGAGUUCCAGUGCACUUUUCCAACACAUUACCGCACUAUUUGAAUGCAGCAUGGCAGCUAUCAUCACCUUGCUUGUGAGUGAUCCAGUGGGCGUUCUUUCUAUCCGUUCCUGUCGAGUAUUGAUGCUUUCUGAUUGGUACACAAUGCUUUACAACCCAAGUCCAGAUUACAUCACCACAGUGCACUGUACUCAUGAAGCUGUCUACCCACUCUACACCAUUGUGUUUAUCUACUACGCGUUCUGCUUGGUGUUCAUGAUGCUGCUGCGACCUCUGCUGGUGAAGAAGAUUGCCUGUGGGUUAGGGAAGUCGGAUCGGUUUAAAAGUAUUUAUGCUGCACUUUACUUCUUCCCAGUGUUAACCGUGCUUCAGGCCGUUGGUGGAGGCCUUUUAUAUUACGCCUUCCCAUACAUUAUAUUAGUGUUAUCUCUGGUUACUCUGGCUGUGUACAUGUCGGCUUCUGAAAUAGAGAACUGCUAUGACCUUCUGGUCAGAAAGAAGAGACUGAUCGUUCUCCUGAGCCACUGGUUGCUUCAUGCUUACGGGAUAGUCUCCAUCUCCAGGGUGGAUCAACUCGCGCAAGAUCUACCCCUUUUGGCUUUGGUGCCCACACCAGCCCUUUUUUACUUAUUCACGGCAAAAUUUACUGAACCUUCACGGAUACUCUCAGAAGGAGCCAAUGGGCACUGAAUAUAACAUGCCAAAAACACACAAACAAAAAAACUAAGAAGUAUUCUUAAUAAAAAAGUAAAGAAAUAAAAAAAUGUAUUAGUACUCCUCUGUCAUACAAGGGAAUAAGACCAUCAGUAUAUCUUAAUGUUUUUGGUCGUUUUGUAUGGUUUGGUUUUUGAUUUGAGACUUUAUGGUUAGACUUAAAAAAUACAAAAUACUGUAAUACUCUGUUAUAUAGUAUAAUACGCUAGAUGCUUAUAGCAUACUGUUAUAUGACAGGAGAAGCCUAUAGGAAGCACUUGCCUCUUGGAACAGUUUAUUCUUUAGAGCAAAAUCAUGUUUCUGUGUACCUAGCACUAUGUUGUUUCUGUUUUUAUUAAAAACUUUAACAAGUAUAACCUGAAAUCCUAGCUUUGGCACAAUUGUGCAUGCCUGUUGUGUUUCAACUUGUUUUUCAAGUAUAAUGUUACAAAGACACACAUACCUGUGGGGUCUGAUAGCAAACAUGGAAUAAAGUAUGUUGUUUUUUUCUUACCUAUUUAUUUUCACCAAUAAAGUAUUUUGAUCUAUUACAAAAA